UCUGUGGCUAUCUGUCAAUGUCAAUGCAUAGCUUUGUUUUUCAAUUAUUAUUUCAGUCGCAAAUCGCAUUAAAUUAUAAAAACUAUUUUGAAAACUUUGAUACUAUAUUUUGUAAGAAAAGUAAACACACAAUUAUGACUGCACCAUUGGAAAAUCUCGAAACUCAGCUCGAAAUGUUUAUUGAAAACGUUCGUCAAAUACGAAUCAUUGUAAGUGAUUUCCAACCCCAAGGCCAAAAUGUCCUAAAUCAAAAAAUUCAAAGCUUAGUUACUGGACUACAAGAAAUUGAUAAAUUAAAAAAUCAAGUCCAAGAUGUUAUGGUUCCGUUUGAAGUAUUCGAUUACAUCGACCAAGACCGAAAUCCACAACUGUAUACUAAGGAUUGUGUAGAGAAAGCAUUGGCCAAGAACGAAGAAGUCAAAGGAAAAAUUGAUGCUUACCGCAAAUUCAAGUCGAAUAUUCUUUUGGAAUUGAGCAAAACGUUUCCAAACGAACUUAAUAUGUAUCGAGCUAUAAGACCAGAUUCUUGAAUAAUUGAAAAGUAGAAGAAAAUAAAAUUAAAAUUAGACAAGAUCAGAUUAAAAUGUAAGAAAAAUAAGAAUGGUUCCAAUUGGUAACGAUAACGAGGUAUAAAAUAACAUUUGCUACAUCAAUUAAUUAUUUAAAAAUAAAACAAAACAAUUUCAAAA